CCUCACGGGCGAGGCCCCUCCUCCUCGGGGAAGGAAGGAAGGCGGAGAAGAGCAGGCCCGGCCCACGCUGCUCUCAGUCCCGCCCCGGCCAAGGCGUCCCAUCCGCGGGGCCGUGGUCAGGAGAGGGCGAGGAGGAGGAGGGCGAGCCAGGCCUGGGCCGCGUCUGUCGCCUGCCAGGAGAGGGGAGAGGACAGAAGAGGACAGGAGAGCGGGCUCUGAGGGGAAGUGCAAUGUCAGCAGCAGAACCACAACCAGCGGAGAUUUCUCCAUCAUCCAACUCUAAUUCAUCCAGUUACUAUGAUGCAGUGGAAGCAGAAGCAGCAAAUAAAUAUGAACUGGUUUCUCCACAUUGGUUUUAUUGCAAGCUAGUUGAUUCCAAAGAAAGGUGGACUCCCUUCAGUGCGCAAGACUCCGAGAAGUUGGAGAUUGCCCACCAGUCAUGUAAGCACAGCCAGGACCUGAUUGUCCCGACAGAAGGGGGCAGGUAUGAUGUGCAUUUGACGAAGAGGCUGCGUUGUGCUGUGUACUGGGAGGAAGCUGAAUCUGAAGUGAGGCGCUGCACUUGGUUUUAUAAGGGAGAAAAAGACAACAGAUACAUUCCAUACCCUGAAAGUUUCAGUGAGGAGCUGGAGGAUGCCUACAUGAUCUGUGUGACCUUAGAUGAGUGGAAAAAGAAAUUGGAAUCUCCAACAAGAGAAGUAAUAAUAUUGCAUAACCCAAAGCUGAUGGUACAUUACCAACCGGUGGCAACCACAGAUGACUGGGGCGCAACUCCAACAGAACAAGGCCGACCCAGGACAGUGAAACGAGGAGUGGAAAAUAUUUCUGUUGAUAUCCCAAAUGGGGAACCUUUGCAAAUAGAUCAUUUAGUGUUUGUAGUUCAUGGAAUUGGACCAGCCUGUGAUAUCCGAUUCCGAAGUAUUGUGCAGUGUGUCAACGACUUCCGCAACGUUUCCUUGAGCAUGCUGCCUGCGCACUUCAAGAAAGCCCAGGAGCAGCAACAAAUCGGCCGCGUAGAAUUCCUCCCUGUGAACUGGCACAGUACUUUACAUACUGGGGUGGAUGUAGACCUGGAGAGAAUCACUUUGCCCAGCAUCAAUCGCCUGCGCCAUUUCAUCAACGAUACCAUCCUGGACGUUUUCUUCUACAAUAGUGCCACCUACUGCCAAACCAUUGUGGACACAGUUGCUUCAGAAAUGAACCGCAUCUACUUGCUUUUCUUGGAGCGGAAUCCUGAUUUUCAAGGGGGAGUCUCAAUAGCAGGUCACAGUUUGGGAUCACUGAUAUUGUUUGAUCUUCUCACAAAUCAAAAAUGCACACUGGAUGGAGAGGAAAGAAAAAAUGAGAUUCUCGCAACCACUCCAGAAGAAAGUAAAUCCAUGAAGGAUAUCUUAACCGAACUUGAACUUUCUGAAUAUUGCUCUGUAUUUGAGAAAGAAGAAGUGGACAGGCAAGCACUGGCUUUGUGCACGGAAAAAGAACUCAAAGACAUGGGAAUUCCUUUAGGACCCCGGAUGAAAAUCCUACACUAUUUAAGGAAUAAAAACAGCAACAAGAAUCUUAAAGGGCAGAAACCUGCAGCUUCUGUUGAAAGUGAAGAUGCCAAGCAGGAGGCGCCUGUAAAACCCACAAAUACAGGGACAGGUUGCCGACGUCUGGAUGUAAUGACAGGGCAGGUCCACGCAAACUACCCUCAGCUGAUCUACGAGCCACAAAUUUUCUUUGCCUUUGGCUCCCCCAUUGGGAUGUUUCUCACUGUACGUGGUGUCAAUCGGAUCGAUCCAGACUAUCGGCUGCCUACCUGCAAAGGCUUCUUCAACGUCUUUCAUCCGUUUGACCCAGUGGCAUAUAGGAUUGAGCCCCUGGUUGUCCCCGAUGUGGAAUUUGAACCCAUGCUGCUCCCUCAUCACAAAGGCAGGAAGAGGAUGCAUCUAGAGCUGAAGGAGGGACUCACACGGAUGAGUAUGGACCUCAAAAACAACUUGCUGGGUUCCUUGAGGACAGCCUGGCAGUCCUUCACCAGGACUUCGAUGCUAGCUGUGGAAGCAGGGACCACGGGAGAGACAGAGCAUGAAACGGAAGCAGAAGCAGAAGCCAGUCCUGAGAAGCAAAAUGAAGAGAAACCUGAGGAGGCAUCCACUUCUGUGAAAGAAGAGCCCACUCUGAUCAAUGUUGGCAUGCUUAAUGGGGGCCACCGUAUUGACUAUGUGCUUCAAGAGAAGCCAAUUGAAAGCUUUAAUGAAUAUUUGUUUGCACUACAAGGCCACCUCUGUUACUGGGAGUCGGAGGACACAGUAUUGUUGCUGCUGAAAGAAAUCUAUCAAACAAAAGGCAUCUCUAUGGACCAGCCUCUUCCAUAAAAACUGACAGGCUGCACCAGGCUGGUUACCAAAUAUUUACAAGUUCAUCUGGACUCUGGCUCACCUUCCUUUGUCUCCCGUCUGUUGCUGAUGUAUCCAACAUAUAUCAUCCCCAUUGCCUGGAGCCCUUGAGGAUUCACCACUGUCCUCAUAUUCCACAGUAUACGCAGGAAGCCUGGGUCUCAGAACUUGGCAUCCCCUGGUUAGAGAGUCGUGUGCGUCAAAUUGCACUAUCACCUGCAUAAAGCCUAGCUCUGCACUAGAUGGGGCUCAGUAUCGGUGCUAGAACUUCAUACCUCGUCUUAAGUUGGGAAGCUCCAAUAACAGUUGUCAAUAUUGAGCAAGAGACUGAACCAUCAGGGUAAAGUUGCAAAGCUCUACGCUUGGUUGAGUAAAGCUUGCAACAGGUAUGGACAUAAAAGAAAACUUUCUGUGGUGUUGUAUUUAUUUUUGUUUGUUUUGCGUAAUAGAUUUAUUUUCCUAUUAUGCACAACUUUCUUGUUGCUGCUUUACCCAAUAGAUGGAAUUGCAGACCAAAGCAAAAGGCUGUCUCUGAUGCAGUAAAGUUGUACGAUGAGUUGCCAUUUUGGGGUCUUAUAGCAGCAAAGAAAUGAAUGCCAAUCUCCUGGGAAGAAAUAGAGAAGUCACUUGAAAAUCUACAUUUGGUCCCUUUCCUGCACUUGACUGAUGUAGAAGUGACUCCUCUCGUUAUUGCACUAUCAUUUGUUUAGUUUAGUUGGGAUCCAGCUUUGGCAUCACAGAAAAGCCUGGGUUUCCAUUGUAUGCCUUCACUUGCCCCUGCCUUGUUGAGACCUGCGCAGUGUGCAUGCAGCUGUGCAUUGAGGAAGAGUGCCUGAGUAGUUUGGCUGCGUCUUUCUCUUUCGUGUAGGUAUAGUAAGCGCUCCAAAGGUUUUGAAGGUAGAAUGCAGCAUGGUUGCAAAUUCCUCAUCUCAGUGGCACAAAAUGGGUCUUAUGUCUGGCUAAAUGUAUUUAAAAAAGAAACAUGUCUGAGUCAAAGAAAAAAAUGGACCCGGUGUAACAUGUAGGCACCAGCUUGCUGUAGCACUUUGUGAGCUUCAUUUGAAAGUGUGUGCAGCACAGUCCUAGCAAGCAGCCAAAACCAUAAUUGCACCCUCUAAGCCUUUGCACAGAGAUUAUUGCUGUUGGGUUUGAAGUAUGCUUUUGUGUAGUUAGCAACACAAUAGACUAGUGUGUUAAAACAUUCAAGGCCUCUGAUAUUUAAGCGAUGGGAGAAGUGGCUACCUUACUUGUACCUGAAGUUUAGAGAAGGAUGGACAUCACAGGAGGUGAUUCUUUUCCUUCCACAAACUACAGCCUGUGUUGAAAGUGUUCAGCAUAAGAACAUGAUGGCUGGCAAGUGGCAUUCUGAAACAUUGAUUUGAUUAGCACAGCAGUGGGAUGCAUGAUAUUGCAGUAGUCAUUUGCUUCCACUUGUUCCAAUACUUACAGGGUCGAGAAUAUUGAUCUGGAGUUUCUUGUUGAUGCAUAUUCAGCCCUGCAAGCUGAAUACGCUAUGAAGUGAUGGGUCAUUCUCCACUUCUGUCAUGUCUCGGUGUAGUGCUGCACAGUUUUCACUGAUUCACUAUGUUUUUCAAAGAGUUCUCUUCAGGUCAGCAGCACAAAAAGUAUUUUCGUGACCUGCCAUUUUGUCUCCAUAUAGUCUUAUCAAAAUUCUCCACCGGUUUUCAACUGGAUUAUCCUUCUCCCACCCCAAGUGUUUGCACUAUUUGUCAACCCUUAAUGCUUUCUUUUGACUUUGUGAUGCCAUUUGGUGGAAUCAACAUCAGACCCUCUGCAGGAGCGGAGGUUGAUAUAGGAAGAACCCAACCCUGGUCAGUAAAGUCCCCCAAAACAGUGGAUGUUUAUGCACUUUGUAAAAUAUAUAUAUCCAAAAAAACUUUUUCCAGUAAA